UUCGGGAAGUGGAACUUCUCGGACGCGCAGGAGCUGUGGCUGAGGAAGCCGGACUGGGAGGUCGGCGUGAAGAGCGCCGUCAUCUCGAUCAUCAUGGCCUUGGGGAUCCUGGGCAACGGGGCCGUCAUCUACAUCAUCCUCUCCAACCCUCCAAUGAAGAGGUCGCCGACGAACAUGUUCAUUCUGAACAUGUGCAUCGCAGACCUUCUCCUUCUGGUGAUCUAUCCUGUCUUCUUCCUCUUAGAGGACUUUUAUCAAGCUUACCCUCUCGGAUACAUCGGGUGCAAGCUUCAGGGCUUCACAUACCUGAUCCUGCGCCUGGUGGAGGCCUUCACGCUGACGGUGAUCAGCAUCGACCGUCUCCUGGCCGUCAUCCACCCGCUGCGCCCUCCCAUCAAGCGGCGGACGGCGAUCAUCCUCUCGUCGGCCAUCUGGGUCUGCGCCGGUGGGACCAGCACCCCUCUUGUCGUCUCCAGGGAUUAUCUGUAUCGACAGUGGAAGGACUUCACGGAGAUCACGUGCGAAGAGUCGAAGGAAAUCGGGAAACCCUUCUGGCUCUACAUGCUCAUCUUCCUCGUCUGGAUCCCCACCGCCUGCAUGAUCGUCUCCUACUCCUGGAUCUUCUUCAAGCUCAAGGUGUACGAGAAGCGGGUGUCCGGAGACGAGAACCCGGUCCGGACCAGGCAGAAGCGACAGAUCGUCCGGAUGCUCUUCGUCGUCCUGCUCGUCUUCACCCUGACCUGGCUCCCCUUCCAGGUCCUCAUCCUCUUCCGGUUCUUCGCCCUCGACUCCUUCCAGAAGGACUCGGUGGGUGAGUGGUACGUGAUCGCCCGCUUCCUUUCCCGGACGCUGAGUCUCUGCAGCAGCGCGCUCAAUCCAGUCGUCUACGGGCUCGCCUUCGACAACUUCCGCAAGGCCUUCCGCAUCUCUUUCCCCUGCUUCUUCUCCGAACAGAAAUACGAAUACGUGCGGAGUGGUCAGCUGUGGUCGCGGCGAAAGAUCCUGGUGCUGCCGGCCGAGCAAGGUCAAAAGCCACUCCCCGAUAGAAGUCCGACCGCCAUUCCAGGUCGCACGUCACGCCCAACCCCAGGGAGGUCCGCCUCGUCCAACCGGAUGACGGCAUUCGUGAACCCAAUCGCGGAGAUGCCCGACGUCCGACCCCGAGAGCAAAGACUUUGGAGGAACAACGCGAACGCGACACUGUCUUCGUCGCAUCCCAACGACACCUGCUACUUCCUCGAGGAUCAACUGAGACAUCUGGCCCCCAAACAGAAGGCAGGUGAUACGUCGAAGGCCUCGACACGAUAUUCCUGCGUGACCACUCCCACCUUCGCUGUCUUCGAGCUCGACCGAUGGAAGAGGAAGUCCUUUGAGUACUUGGCCGACAAGUUUUCCCUGGAUCUUCAGGAACCUCGGGCCGUCUUUCACCGACCUCCACGCGAUGAAGCCAGAAGACCCGACGUCCGUCUGACCUCGGAUGACCUCAACGAGCUGCCCUCGGACCACGUUGCACGGCGUGCGUCUUUGGAGGGUCAAAACGAGCCUUACGGUGAUCAACCGGAAGCCGACAAGUCGACUGGUUUCCUGGCCAGAGUCGAACUCCACGACCCGCCGCCAGACGACCUUGCCCGGCAUCACUCUGGCCAUCAGAGACCAAGGUGCGACAAUCUCCUUCGACCCAACACGAACCGCCAGAGGCCAACCGACUCUCGCUCUCCGGAUGAGGUCCUCCUCCUCCCGGCAUCCCUGGAGCCUGAAUCCCUGGAGCUGGCAUCUCUGGAGCCGGCAUCCCUGAACUUAUCGAGGAGCUGCGACCACCUUCCAAGGACGGAAGGAACGACGCAGCCUCUCAUCCGUCGCUCGUCCGUCACAGAAAGGUCACAGGCGGUGGAACCGUUCUGUCGCGGGUGUCGACCUCACAUUCGUCUUCAUUUCGGGUCCUGCCCCGUGUCGGCCUAUUCGUACAGUGAAGGGGAGUUGGUGCAAUUGAUUUGA